AUGCACGAGGCAAAGAGCAACCCGACCCUUGCUGUCGUUAACUUGAAUCAUGCCAGCCAGAAACUGGCCGAGUUGCGUGCCGCGUUUUCCAGCGCGUCAGGGCAGCUCGACGACCUGGCUAGUUCGAUGAAGACGCUUUGCAAGACGUUCGACGGGUUGCGCCUCUCGCUACAGCAAACGAACAAGCCCUUUGAGGGCUACGAUGGCUUCGAGAAGACGCUCCGGAACUGUGAGAUGUUUGUACAGUCCUUCCAGCCCGCCAAAGCUGGGAAACCCUGGACCUGUUCGGCCGACAGCGCGAACAAACUCGAGCGGCAGAUAAUGAUGCAGAUCGCUCUACUCAGUACUACAAAUAUUGUUCUUCUUGCGUAUGUCUUCGUCCUCGUGGAAUUAUGUGCGUUUGUUGAGUUGACCAAGAUGCUAAAGCAAUUGCAUUUGUAUAUUUGGGUGUACAGAGAAACAUUUUUUAUUGGCGAUUCCGAUACGAUUGACGAAAUAACACAGCCGGCUUUUGUCGAAGUCGACCAUUCGACCGAUAAACAUGAUUUGGAGCUGUGGGAAAAAAUCCAGCGUUUGAUUUAUCGCCGCAAACGUAGGCCGGCGCUGGAAUCGAAGCACACCGUGUCGUCUGCAAUGGACUUUCAAGGGCUGGAAAAUGAAGUGCAGAGCCAGGUUCGCCGGCUGAUGCUCAAUCAUCAACCAUCCUUGCCGGGCAGGGCUGCAAGCCGGACCUCACAUCAUCCUCUAGAUUUGAAUACCCUGUCAGACGAGGCUCUACUAGAGAGAGCCCAGCAACAGAGGCGUUUCUUACUAUCUGCCUCAAGGCAAAGCAUUUUUCGGCAACCUUCAACCGUUCGAUCUCGAUCAAAUACACUGCAAGAUGACCCAGACGGAUUAGCCAAACAGCAGAAUCGCAACCAAGUCCUUGGCGAUGGCAUUUUAUCGUUUUCACUGGCAUCACGACAUUUCCGAUACUCCUUGGCCAAGAUAGAAGCCAAGCUUGUCGACAGGAAGCGGAUUAUCCAUUGCACAAGUGUGGAUGGCGACAUUUUCAUAGUCCACGACCUCCCCUCAAAAUUGAAACGACAUCCCACUACAGAUCAUCCCCAAAUUGGAAGCACAUCCGAGGUUUAUUUCUCCGAGAUGUUGCAUGUGGAAGUCAAAACUCGGUUUGAGAAGAUGGCUAGUGGUGACGCCUAUAUAUACUACAAGUUCAACGAGCCCGACACAAUCUGUCAAUUCCAGGAGAUAGUGCGAGACAAGGACUUGCUGCAUACCUUUUGCGUGAGCCACAUCAACUCGGCUAAUGGCAAGCAAGUGUCUUAUCAGCACCUUAAGAUGUGGAGGGAUCGGCACACACAGGCUUGUAGUCUAUCUUUUUUGAGAAAUGCGGCUGCUGUCGACCAAACCUACGUGGAAUUCCCUCUUUCUAUGCUUAUAGUUAACUUGGCAAAGCGGCAAAAGGACAGUCGGACGGUCCAGGUUGAUUUUGUGCAAGAGUCAGCGUCGACGCCAUGGCGUUUCUCUAUGGAUCACAGUAAUAGUACCAGGAGACUCAGUGGUGCAAGCUCUGUUGCGUCUGUCCGGACCGACAUGACGAAUGCCACCGUUAAACAGACAGAGAAGACCCAGUCACUUGCGGCAACUAUGGCUUUUUUGCUCAUCAAAUUCACAAACCCAAAAGACAUAGAAACUUUUUGCUCUACCCUUGGUCAACUCCAAAGUGAUCCGCCAUCUCCAUUUCCCAAGCCGACUAAUACACCACCUCUCUGUCAAAAGAGCUUCACUCCCAUUCUCAACGAGGACGACUAUCCUAGGAGGCCCGAUUUCAGUUCGUCGCCUGGCUCUAUCUCGGGCAUAACGUCGAUUCCUCGGCGCACUACGUAUCAAGACUAUACUGUUGGAUGGAUCGCAGCUCUACCGAUAGAGAUGAAAGCGGCUAUUUUGAUGUUAGACGAAUUACAUGACAGGCUAUCACAACAACAUCCCCAAGACAACAAUGCCUAUGUACUUGGGCGAAUGGCAAAUCACAACAUCGUCCUCGCCUGUUUGCCAGCUGGGUAUAUUGGGAAUAAUAGCGCCGCGGUAGUCGCAACACAAAUGGCAUUUACUUUUCCUAACAUUAAUAUUCGUUUGAUGGUAGGUAUAGGCGGAGGAGUACCAGGUGAUAACCACGACAUUCGUCUGGGCGACGUGGUUGUCAGUAAGCCGGGUCCUCACGAUGGCGGCGUGGUCCAGUACGACUUUGGAAAGACAACAGUAGGGGGCUUUGAACGAACAGGCUCGUUGCCUCCGCCGCCAGCGAGGCUGCUCACCGCGACCUCUUUGCUAGAAGCGCUACAUAGCAAUGAGAGCGACCCUAUCACCAACCGCCUGGAGGUUUUUCAACAACGACCGGAAUUUCGCUAUCCGGGGGCGAAUAACGACCAGCUCUUCUUGUCUGAUUAUGAUCAUGUGGCAGACCAACCGACAUGCGCGAGCUGUGACCCGGGAAAUGUUGUCCAGCGUCCUCCUCGACAAGGACGAACAAGGAUACAUUAUGGUACUAUUGCGUCGGGAAAUCAGGUAAUGAAAGAUGCUAGAACACGGGAUGCUCUACGCCAAAAGUACGGUGCUCUAUGUUUCGAGAUGGAGGCUGCCGGGCUGAUGCAUUUGAAUACGUUUCCCUGCGUCGUCAUCCGUGGCAUCUGCGAUUACUCUGAUACGCACAAAAACAAGCAAUGGCAAGGCUAUGCGGCUGCCGUGGCAGUGGCGUAUGCCAAGGAGUUGCUAGAUCAUGUCUCCCAUGUACAUGUGUACGACAACGACUCUAGGUUUUUCCACGGUGAUCGGAAUUUUUAUGGCAGAGUAGAUAGCAUCGGCUGA